AUGGAUCGAUUCAAUUCUCUAAUAGCUGUGUUGUCACUAUUGUUGAGUGUUUGUGUCUUUCCCUUCUUCGCAUCAGCACAACUGAGACAGAACUACUACGCCAAUGUCUGCCCAAACGUCGAAACCAUUGUUAGAAAUGCCGUAGCCCAAAAAAUUCAGCAAACGUUUGUUACAGUUCCUGCAACUAUCCGUCUCUUCUUCCACGACUGCUUUGUCCAGGGUUGUGACGCUUCGGUUAUAAUUGCAUCUUCUGGAACAAACACAGCUGAGAAGGACCACCCAGACAAUCUGUCACUGGCCGGAGAUGGAUUUGACACCGUGAUCAAAGCUAAAGCAGCGGUUGAUGCAAAUCCGAGUUGCCGGAAUAAGGUCUCCUGUGCUGAUAUUCUUGCCAUGGCCACCAGAGAUGUCAUUGCAAUGUCUGGUGGACCAUCAUAUGCUGUGGAAUUGGGAAGACUGGAUGGCUUGAGCUCAACAGCAUCAAGUGUUAAUGGGAAGCUGCCUCAAGCAACCUUCAAUUUGGACCAGCUCAAUGCCUUGUUCGGUGCCAAUGGCCUAACUCAGACGGACAUGAUUGCUCUUUCAGCUGCCCACACCGUUGGAUUCUCUCACUGCGACAAGUUUUCAAACAGGAUAUACAAUUUCAGCCGUCAAAACCCAGUGGACCCUACGCUGAACCGGGACUACGCUGCCCAGUUGCAAACAAUGUGCCCCACAAAUGUGGACCCAAGGACCGCCGUCGGCUUCGAUCCAAACACUCCUAAUACAUUUGAUAACGUGUACUUCCAGAAUCUCCAGCAAGGCAAAGGUUUACUCACCUCGGAUCAAGUCCUCUUCACCGACCCGAGGUCCAAGUCCACAGUAGAUACCUGGGCUGGAAACUCCCCGGCCUUCCUGGCAGCAUUUGUCCGAGCCAUUACCAAAAUGGGUCGGAUCGGAAUUAAGACGGGAGGAAAUGGGAAUAUUCGACAAGAUUGUGGGCUGUUGCCAGAUAUCAGAAAAUCUGAUUUGGAGACAGCAAUAGCUUACCAAAUGCAAUCAGCAAACUUCGGCAGGAAAUCUGGCAGGAAAUCUGAAUCAAAAGUGACCUCAGCUCUGGUCCAAAUAAAGCUUACGAGUGGCAGGAAGAUGUUAAGCAAAACAGCUCAAUGA